CGAGUUCGAAACGAUUUCGAAUACCAUGGAAUCGAAAAAUUUUUUAACUCUUACAGUAUACAUUUUGAUUUUAUUCAUAUCAAUCGAAAAUAUAUUCACGUUACCAAUUUCCUGCAUCAACUUUGAAAAUAAAACUGGUAUAGAAAUUCCUAAUAUCGUGAGCAGAAAGGAAUGGCAAGCUAGACCACCAGUUGUCCGAGAGUUGAUGGACAAAACGCCGAAACCUUACGUGGUCGUUCAUCAUGGAGGGAUAGCUCACUACUGUUACGACGUGAAAACGUGCUCAGCGAUUGUGAGAGAAUAUCAAAACAUGCAUUUGGACGAACGAGGCUGGUUCGACAUUGGUUACAGUUUCGUUAUAGGCGAAGAUGGAAAUGCUUACGAGGGUCGAGGCUGGGAUUACGUUGGAGCGCACGCACCUGGUUACAACACGCAGAGCAUUGGAAUAUGUAUCAUCGGUGACUUCAGUAAUAGACUUCCCAACGAUGCAGCUUUGAAGACAUUAGAAGCUUUGAUCAAAUACGGAGUAUCCCUUGGCAAAAUCAGUCAAGAUUACUAUAUUAUAGGUCAUCGACAAACUAAAAAUACUCUUUGUCCAGGCGACAAAUUUUACGAAUAUGUUCAAAAAUUUGCACGAUGGACGGCCAAACCAAUACCAAAAAAUUCGACAAUCAUCAUUGGAUAAAUAAAAAUAUCGAUGAAUAAUAAUGCAACUUAAUAUAUUUUACAAUAGAUAUAGAUAUAUAUAUAUAUA